UUCUCAGGCCUCUGCUCCUUGAUUCUGCAUCGUUCGGUAUUGUGCUCUCCACACGUCUCUCCUACUGCCGUAGCUCUGCCGCCGUCACCGGCAGGAAGCCUAUUUUACCAUUCCCCCAUAUUUUCAGGAUUGAGCCUUUGGAAUUAGAUGAUUUUAAUGACAUUCAGAUGAAACCGAAGAGCUGCUAAGGUUCAGUUUCGAGGUUUUAGCUCCUUGAUGCAGAAGUUCUGUGCUUGAUUGUUGAAUAGAGUCUUUCAUUUGAUCCACUUUAAAUUUAAACCAGUCCUUUCUAAUUGUACAACUCAUGUUAUUUAUUCACUACUUUAUGUGGCUGUUGGGAUUUUGUGGCUUGGCUGCUGGGGAGAAUGUUUAUUUGCGCAUGUCCGACAGUUCGUUGCUAGAGAGCAAGAUUGAUCAUCGGAUUAGAGUUUCUUGGUCUAAGAAUAGGAGUACUAAUUAAGACCUCCAUCUUUCGGAUGCUUUUUGUUUUGCAUUAAGUGCAAAUUGUCAAUAUUUGCAUAAAAAGCUCCAAUAGCUGACUGAGGGCACAAAUUCAGGAGAAAAUUCAAACGUCAUAAGUAGCUCCUGGGAUAAACCAAUGGAUUUCCUCUUCAAGCCACUGAAUUUGGAACCUUCUGAUUGUUCCUUCAUCGAGCAGGAUAUUAAAAAAUGUCCAUUCUUGAGGAAUAUUGAUAAGCCAACCAGCUUUUCUUUUGCUCCUCUGAAUAUUCCUGUUCCUUGUAAAGGAGCCAAAGGCCCAAUUUUUGAGGAUGGUCCCAAUUUUGACUUGGCCUUCAAGCUUUUUCAUGGGAAAGAUGGGGUACUUCCUCUCCCUCCCGACGUUGACAAACUGGAAACUGAGCCUGUGUCAGAGUUCAACCGUUUGGAAUUAAAAGCAGCAUCUAUCAGCAUGUCAGCAUUUGGACCUGGAGGGCCUUUCGGUUUUCAUUCUUUCUUUAGAAAGAAACAGAAUAAGGAAUCUGAGUCAUCAAGAAAACAAGAGCAUUCCACUAAGGGCGGUUCCUCAGAACACGACGCACUUGGAAACGAGUGGCUUACAACAGGAAACUGUCCACUGGCCAAGUCUUACAGAGCUGUAAGUGGCAUUCUUCCACUUGUGGCGACAGCUCUUCGACCACCACCUGGAAUCAAGCUCAAGUGUCCACCCGCGGUAAUUGCAGCCAGGGCAGCCCUUGCCAAGACCGCCCUAGUUAAAACCAUUCGUCCACAGCCAUUACCUGCAAAAAUACUUGCCAUUGGCUGCUUGGGCAUCGCAGCCAACAUUCCGUUAGGCGUAUGGAGAGAGCAUACCAGAAAGUUCUCACCCUCAUGGUUCACUGCAGUGCAUGCUGCAGUCCCCUUCAUAGCCAUGCUCAGGAAGUCUGUCUUGAUGCCUAAAACUGCCAUGGCAAUAACCAUUGCAGGUUCUAUCCUUGGACAGAUCAUUGGCUCUCGGGCUGAGCGCCUUCGACUGAAGGCCAAAGCUGAGAAUGCCAAGCUGGUUGCUCAGGCUUUGCCGGCAGGUUGUUCGGGUUAUGGUUCGGUCCAGGCGGAUGCGCUGACUGCUGGUCAUUGUGGGAAGCAGGGAGGCGAGUGGGAUCCACUCGCCAAUAAGAUUGCCAAGAUCUCAUCUCCACCACCUAGUGUGUGUUUCUGAACUCACCAAUGGGUUCUUACCUAAAUAAUCGGUUUAAGUAUAUUCAACCAGAUUCACUAAAUAAUGUCUAUAAUAUAUUAAUAUGUGUAUAUAAGACGUUAUGUAAAAUCUGGAAAUGUAAUGGCUUGCAUCUUGUGCUGUUUGUAUCAA